AUGGCAUUCAAUCCGUACUAUGGCAGGGAUGGCAUGGCCAUGAACAGCAGCGGUGACAUGUACUACCGCCCCGACCCGGGGAUGGUGCGCGCCGAAAUCGCGACAUACAUGAACUCGACGCGGCCCAUGGGGCGCGGGCGCAUCAGCGUGGCGGGGCAGCAGCUGCUCAAGCGGCUGGAAUCAGGCUCAAUCGGCCCUCUCAAGGCCGAGACCCUCCUCAGCGCCCACGUCAAGGCGCAGCGCAACGCGCUCGAGUCGACGCGCAAGAUUGCCGCGGAGCUCGAGAAGAUGGAGGACAAGAUCGAUCCGUCCCUCGCGCCCGCGUUCCUCGCCGUUCGCGAAGAGUUCGGCCUGCCAGAGUCCGAGGCGCUCGUUAGACGGGGCCUGAGGGAUCAGGCCGCGAAGAGCUUCGAGGCGAGCCGGAAGCGGCGCGUUGACCAGCAGCCACCAGCUUACACCGACGGUGGGGCCGGUAGCAGCAGCAUCCUGAGCGGGGCACCAGCACCCAACGGCGCGGACGCGAACGCGAACGGCAGCACCAGCACUGACACCUCACGCCUACUGGAGCAGCUGCGCGCCGCCGAGGACGCACGCCGCACCGCGGAAAACGAACGGAGGAAGGCUAUGGACAUGUACCUCGCUGCUGAGGGCGAGCGGGCUCGUUUCGAGGCCGAGCUGCAGUCGUGCAAGUGUAGGAGGGAGAGUGGGAGGGAGACAGGCGAGCGGCGAUGGUAG